UAUCUUUUUUAUUUUUAUUUUACCUGAUUAUUUGCCUCAAUUAAUAUAGAGAAGAUAUCAUUUCCUUCCACAAACAGACCCAUGAAGUCAAAUGGUGCAGCGUUUUGUGAGAGUUGAUACUUGACCAACGGAAAGGGGAUCUCAAUGGACAACACCAAGUCUCUUUUGGCACUCGAACCAGACGAUGAUGGCAGAGUCAAAAGAACCGGGAAUGCAUUAACGGCUAGCAUACACAUUAUAACGGUGGUGGUUGGGGCAGGGGUGCUGUCUCUGGCAUGGGCCAUGGCCCAACUAGGGUGGAUUGCUGGUGUAGCCUGUAUCCUUGCCUUUGCAGGUGUUUCCAUUUUCACAUACAAUCUUGUAGCUGAUUGUUACAGAUAUCCACACCCUGUUACUGGCACCAGAAAUUACACUUAUAUGCAGGCUGUCAAGGCUUACUUAGGUGGAACAAUGCAUGUGCUUUGUGGAUUAGUUCAAUAUACGAAGCUCGCUGGGAUCACAGUGGGCUACACAAUAACUUCGUCCACAAGCUUGAUAGCAAUAAGGAAAGCAAUUUGCAUCCACAAUGGAGGAGAUUCAGCUUCGUGCAAGUUUUCGAAUAAUGCCUUUGCGAUUGGUUUUGGAAUCUUGCAAAUUUUCUUGUCUCAAAUCCCAAACUUCCACGAGCUCACAUGGCUCUCAACUCUUGCAGCUAUAACCUCUUUUGGUUAUGUAUUCAUUGGUAGUGGGUUAUGUCUCGCGGUUAUCCUCUCAGGAAAAGGAGCAGCAACCAGCAUAAUAGGAACUAAACUACCUAUUGAAGACAAACUUUUGAGGGUUUUCACUUCAAUGGGAAACAUAGCACUUGCAUGCACGUACGCUACCGUUGUUUAUGAUAUAAUGGACACAUUGAAGGCACAUCCACCAGAAAAUAAACAAAUGAAAAGAGCUAAUGUGAUGGGAGUCACAGCAAUGGCAGUAUUGUUCUUGCUGUGCAGUGGCCUUGGCUAUGCUGGGUUUGGUGACAACACACCUGGAAACAUCUUAACCGGAUUUACCGAACCUUUCUGGUUGGUUGCAUUGGGGAAUGGGUUCAUCGUAAUCCACAUGAUUGGAGCGUAUCAGGUUUUUUAUCAUUAUUCUUUUUUUCUUCCAUCAAGAUGCUUUUCAUCUCUAAAUAGUUAGUCACUUUUAGUUUUGAUCGUCAUAAUAUUUUUUUUUUCAAUCUAGAAUAUAUUGACAUAAUGUUUUCAGUCCAUCUUAGAUUUGUUUUAUGAUGACAUGAUAUAAUGAGAUUAUAGGUC